GCAUAAACGCCCAAAAUCAGUGCCCUUAAUUUAUAAAGCUGACAAUAAUAGUUGCCAAUAUAUGAAGAGAAAAAUGGGGGACAGAAAAAAAACGGGGAAUAAUGCAAAGAAGAAAUCGAAUUCGGAUUGGCCUUACAUCAAACCCAAGUAUAAUCUUCAAAUCAAUCGCUUAAAAGACAACGAUCUUUUUACUAUUCCAAACUUCUUAACACCUGUUGAGUCGAAGGCAUUCAUUAAAGUUGCAGAAGAAAUUGGUUUUCUUCACCAAGGGAGUCUUGGUCCAACAAAAGGAGAAGCUUAUAGAGACAAUGAUCGAAUAGCUGUACAAGAUCCAGUUCUUGCCGAUGCAAUAUGGAACUCUGGGCUUAAAAACUUAUUUUCUGAUAUUAAGAUUCGAGGCAAAGUUGCAGUUGGGUUGAACCCAAAUAUACGAUGUUAUAGGUACACUGCUGGUCAGCGAUUUGGACGGCACAUUGAUGAAAGUGUUGAUCUAGGAGAAGGGAGGCGUACACACUAUACUCUGUUAGUCUACCUUAGUGGUACUCAAGGUGGAACUAAAUUCAAGUCUAAGAAUGAUGCUGACUCCCAGGAUUCUUUAGCUGAGACUCUGGUUGGAGGAGAGACUGUUUUCUACGGCCCAAGAAAUGCUCUGGUGGCUGAGGUACCCCCUACUGAAGGGAUGGCUCUAUUUCACAUUCAUGGUGAUAAGUGCAUGCUGCAUGAAGCCCGAAAUGUCAGGAAAGGUGUUAAGUAUGUCUUACGAUCUGAUGUAGUAUUUGCAUGACGGGGGUCAAGCUUCGGUUAAUUAUUCAACUUGUGUUUGCCCUAAAAAAUUUUCGUGUCAAAUAUUACAAAAUGAGGCUUUCUCUUUCCGAUGUAUUGGUGUUAUGUCCUUGGCAUGUAAGAUUUUAAAGAGAAAGGGACAUGACAAGAUGUUUGUUACAUGUCCAAUGCUACCAUGUCAGCUCAAAAGGUGAAAGAAACGAAAGUAAUAGCGCUCACACAAACUCAUGUCUGGCUAUAUCCUGGGACUAAUUCAUUGUAUUUCAUUUGUUUCUAACAUGUCAGCUGGGACCAAAAGUUACUGGAGAUGUUAUGCUUCUUACAGGUUCUCUUACAGCAUCAAACUUGAGUUCAUUGGCAAAUAUAUGCAUCAGGUUUUGAUGAUAUUUCACGUUGAAGCUUAUUUCAGGAAGUACUUUGAGGAAUCUGUGAAAUGUAGGUUUGCUAUUGUUCAUUCAAUGUUUUCUUUGCUUGUUAUUGUGUCACAGUAUUAGAUGAAGAACUGGGCAAAUAUAGCUUGCAUUUAUCUUUAUGUUGUGCUUAACAAUUCAUCAUUAGGAUAAUUUUUUGCUAUGACUGGGCUAACUUGAGUUAAAAUCAGCUUGUGGAAUUGUCGUGUUGUGUGUUUAGAAAAGGAAAGCUUCUUAGGAGUACUUUAUCAUUCGAAAAUGCUUAUCCAGCGGAAAAUUUGUGUAAAGAUAUUGAUAUGAAGGGUAUCUCCAUUAUUGUGGAUCUUAUACUCUUUAUCCAGGCAUUAUAAAUGUGUUUUCAUUUA